UUCACAGCCAGACAGCUAGUCAGAGGGAAAACAUGGCCAAACUUGUGGAGUGUGUCCCUAAUUUCUCAGAAGGAAGAAACAAAGAGGUUAUUGAUGCUCUGGCAGCAGCUAUUUCUGAAACUGAAGGAUGUCGUUUAUUAGAUGUGGACCCUGGAGCAUCCACCAACAGAACAGUCUACACUUUUGUGGGCACCCCUAAGGCAGUGGUUGAAGGGGCACUGAAUGCGGCACGUGUGGCUUUUAAGAUGAUUGAUAUGAGUAAACACAAAGGGGAGCAUCCUCGCAUGGGGGCUCUGGAUGUGUGCCCCUUUAUCCCUGUCCGGAAUGUGACCAUGGCUGAAUGUGUUUCCUGCGCAAAUACUUUUGCUGAAAAACUGUCUCAUGAACUGCACAUCCCAGUGUAUCUUUAUGCAGAGGCUGCACACACUGAAAGUCGAAGGGCUCUGCCCUCUGUGCGAGCUGGAGAAUAUGAAGCUCUUCCCACUAAGUUGCAAAAUCCAGACUGGAAACCAGAGUUUGGGGAGGCAGUCUUCGUUCCCAGCUGGGGGGCAACUGUGACAGGAGCCCGGAAAUUUCUCGUAGCAUACAAUAUAAAUCUGCUGACUACUAAAGAGCUAGCUCAUCGUAUAGCGCUUAAUAUUCGAGAAGGUGGUCGUGGGAAAGACCAGCCUGGACGACUUAAGAAAGUGCAGGCAAUUGGCUGGUAUCUGCAAGAAGAGAAUCUGGCACAAGUGUCAGCAAACCUAUUGGAUUAUGAGAUUACUCCUCUUCACAUGGUGUAUGAAGAAACGCAAAAAGAUGCCAAGGAGUUAAACCUUCCCAUUCUUGGCUCACAGCUGGUGGGUUUAGUGCCCCUUCAAGCAUUGCUGGCUUCUGCAGAAUAUUAUAUUAAAGAAGAAAACCUUUUCAUAUUGGAAGAAGAACACAAAAUUAGACUGGUUAUUAACAGACUUGGAUUGGACUCUCUGGCCCCUUUUGAACCUCAGAAAAGAAUUAUUGAGUAUCUCGUCCAAGAUGACUUCUCUGGGGCACUUAUCACAAAGACUUUGAAAGGGUUUGUGCACAGUGUGGGUGCACGGACCCCGACCCCUGGUGGAGGCUCUGUAUCUGCUGCCAUCUCAGCUAUGGGCGCAGCACUGGGAUGUAUGGUGGGGCAGAUGACUUAUGGAAAACGUCAAUUUGAGUCUUUGGAUGGAGUAAUGAGAGCGCUGAUUCCUUCUUUUCAUCAUGCAGUCGAUCAGUUACUAACUAUUGUGGAUUCAGACUCUAAUGCAUUUGGAAGCUAUAUGGCCGCUCUAAAGCUUCCCAAACAGACUGAAGAAGAGCAACAAAUACGUUUCCAGGCUCUACAGAAUGGCCUGAAGGAGGCAGUAGGUGUCCCCUUAAGCCUGGCUGAAAAAAUAAGUACUUUGUGGAAGCCACUUUUGGAGCUCUCUAAACAUGGCAAUCCAUCGUGUAUAUCAGACUUGCAGGUAGCCGCUAAAGCUUUAGAGACUGGAGCGUUUGGAGCUUAUUUCAAUGUUCUCAUCAACCUCCGAGAGAUCAAGGAUGAGGAAUUUAAAAGUCAGACCCAGAAGAAGGUUUCCCAACUGUUGGAUGAGGCAAAGAAAUCUGCAGAAUCUGUGCUGCUACUUUGUGAAGGACGAAGCUAAAAUUUGACAAAAUAAAAAUGGACUCUGCUCAGA